AUGGAGAAAAUGCCAGCUGUACGACGUUAUCUGACUGCGGAAAAGACAGCGCUCAUCAUGCAGUGGGUUGAUAAAGUCAACUCCCAGCCAUGCAUCGGAAUGAAACCCCGUGAGCCUAAUAAAAUCGCUGAACCGAAGGAUAUCACAUUACCUGCAGCAGCCCCCGCAAAAACUGCAGCAGAGAAAGGACAACCUCCGAAAUACAAGCAACUUACCCUCAAGAGCACGAGGCUAAGGCGGGUCCGCGUCAUAUCUCGGGGAUCCCGACAAGACGACGGGCAAACAAAUGAAAAAGUGGAAGCUGUAGCAAAGGAAGAGGAGAGAAAGGAAGAACAUGUGAAGGAGACGAAAAGAGUUGCUCAAACAGAGAAGGGGUAUGGGGAAGAGAAGAGAGAUAAGGAGGUGAAAAAGGAAAUCCGCAAGCAAGCAUUGCCCAGCAAUCCAAUGAUGUCCAGCGUUAUCGCCUCCAAUUUGCGCAUGUUCUGCGUGGAGAUUGUGGUUCCAUCAAGUGAAAAGAAGCAGCAAGCCUCUCAAGAAAAACAAGCUUGUGGAGACUCCAAUCGAGCAGACAGUGAGAAACGAAAGCGAAGAGGGGGUACAAGGGCAAGAGGCGGACGGGCAAAGUGUCCUAAACUGGCAAUAGAGAAGGGUUGA